AUGACAUCAACAACUGUUGCUCAGCAUACUUCACAACCAUUGAAUUUUGGACCUGAAUGGCUUCGAGCAUUAUCAACGCCUGACUCGGCGACGUCGAUUCCAACAUCGGGGGGCAGUACAAGCGGAAAUAUUUUCAAGUUUUCAGCAACAAAAUAUCGUUAUUCGAAAGAUGAAAUCUUGGCAUUACGUGUGAAUGUUGCUGACCGUUUGGCCGAUGCGACGCAAAACGAGAUUUUGGACAAUUUAAAAGAUGUGGAGAACGUUUUUCGAGCAAAUAUCCUAGAACCGUUGGCUUUAACUCCACCAACAGCAGAUGAAACUAUGAAAAUGAAUGCUUUAUCAAGUUACAUAUCAGGCCGAACACCCGGUGGCGCAGGUCGUGCUGGGAGCAACAGUCAACAAUCGCAACAGGAUUCACGAAGUAGUCGUGGCGGUAGUUCAAUGUCAAAUGGACGUGGUGGUCCGCGCAGUCGAGGCGGACGCGACAACACGUACGGACCGAAUCGUGGCAAUAGCAAUAAUAAUAAUUCAGAUGAUAGUGGUGAGAAUGGUAAUACUAAUGAAGAAACAUCAACAUCGUCAACUUCGUGGUCACGUAGUAAUUAUAAUUCACGAGGCGGUUCGUUUGGAAAUCGUGUACGAUCUUUUGAUGAUCGUGAUCAAUCUCAUACUUUCCGCCGCGGUGGCGCCAGCGGUUCGCGACAGUCAUCCGAUGGUUGGCGUCGAUCCCGAGGUGAUGAGGAUGACAAUGAACAGAGUGAAGAUUCACCGACAACGGCAAACGGGUCAACUUCGUGGACAUCGCGCAGCGGACAAACAAGACGCGGUGGCAGCACUAGUUCAAUGGAACAAAGAACGAAAUCCAGUGAGAAAUGGAGUGUUUCCGAUGAUCGACCUGGCCCAUCAAAUAGUUAUGAAUCCAAUCAACAACGCAACGGUGGAUGGCGAACGAACUCAUCGACAUCAGACCGCGAUUUCGGUUCACGUCGUCCUCCUGUGAAACGUGAUCGUAUGCCGGAGUGGAUGGAUGAUAACAAUGACGACGAAGACGAUAAUCAACUGAGUAAUGCAACAUUCGAACAGGAUGGAACAUUCACUAGAUCAUCAGCCGCUCGACAAAAUAGUAGUAGUGAACAGCAUAGAACAGAAUCCCAAAUAACAUCUAAUGAACCAGCUGUCCAAGCAAAUAAUCCUACACCAACACAACAAGAGGACGGUACAAAACCUGAAAAAUCAAAAUCAAAACCACAAACCGAUACAGCCGUCGUUAAUGUUCCGGCUGCUUCCGAACCUACUGUGACUAAACCCACACCCCCGGUACAACAAUCUAUUCCCUCAUGGGAUGAUGAUUUAGAUCAUAGUGACUUGGCAACAACUGUGGUAGAAGCAACUCUUGCAGAAGAUCAUGAAUAUUCACCUCCCGUUUCUGCUCAUUCGAAAUCUCGCCUUAUUUCCAUGGAACCAACGGCUUCAAUCAUUCCACAAGCACGUGCACCCGUGAUUAUCGAUGAUAAACAAUGGUUUUAUAAAGAUCCGCAAAAUAUAGUGCAAGGCCCUUUCUCAUCAGCUGAUAUGGAACGAUGGUAUACGGCCGGCUAUUUUACUACUGUUUUACCUGUGAAACGUUUGGGUGAAGUUCACUUUUCGACUAUUCAACAAUUGACAAAUGAAAUAGGUCGAUCGCCUUUUCGUACCGAUAUUCCAUCAUUGCCAAUAACACCUGUACAAAAACAACAACCAGUCAUACCCGAGUCACAAAAGUUCAACUCGAUGGCGUUUUCAACAUCAUCCUCAUCAACUUCGAACAAUGCUUAUCUCGAAGAUUUCCUAAUGCAACAACAACAGUCAAGACAAAAUGUUCAACAAUCAAUGUUAUUUAACCGACAAACUUCGAUGCCAUUGCCAGCCAAUGAUCGAAAACCAAUGUCAUCUCCUUCAAGCAUCUCAUCUCAAUUACAAGCUUAUUUUAAUUCUCAACAACCCCAACAACAACAACAACAACAGCACCAAUCAUCGUCUUCUAUUUUCUCCAAUCUGGUCAACGAUCCUGCAGCAAUGUAUCAGCAACAAGUGCAACGAAGCAUAUCGUCAACAAAUUCUCAACAAUCAAAUUCAACUCUAUUCGAUGACAUGCAACGUUCAUUUCGACAAAGUUCAUCGGCAACAGGUAGUGGCUCGUUCUUUCCUUCAAAUUUGCCUGUUUCUCAACAAUCAUCAAAUGAUCUCAUGGCACGUUUAACACAAGCCAUGCAAACGCGUGAUAAACAACAGCAACAUCAGGAAAAACUUGAAGAACAACGAAGGCGAGAUAUGGAAUAUGAACGAAUGAAAAUCUACGAACAAGUACGUCUACAACGUGAAGAAGAAGAAGAACGCCGUAAAAUCCAAGAAGCCAAUACCAAUCGGCAAAUCAAUUUCGAUCAAUUGACAAAAUCCAUGGAAAACAAAAAUCAAUCAGUAUUAGAUUACGAGCAAAUGUUGGCACGUCAACAAUAUCAAAAAGAACAGCAAGCGAAAAUCGAAGCACAACAAGCAGAAAAUGUUCGCCGCUAUCAACAAUAUUACCGAGAACAACCGCAACAACCGCAGCAACCGCAGCAACCGGUGUAUAAAGUCACUGAAACAACCAGCUGGGCACGACAUCCAUCACAAACGAGCGAUUCGACACAGUUAUUAAGUUUUGCGGACAUUCAAAAGCAAGAACAAGAACAGGAGCGCCGUUCACGGGAAGCGGCAGUUUUCGCACAACAAUACACUAAAUCUCAGAUUUUACCUAUUCCAAACUCCUCUUCGUCACCGCCAUCGACAACUAAACCUAAUUCAUGGGCCCGUACAUUAUUUGCUGGCAGCAAUAAUGGUAAUAGUAAUGUCCCAUCGACAUCAAGUCAUAUAACGUCUGAUCAUGAUAUCAAUGAGAAUCCAUUAGCUGAAUCAUCAUCAUCAUCAUCAUCUGUAGCAUUGUAUAACCAACAGGCAACAAAUGCGGUACUUUCCCUUUUAAAUAUUCAUCCCAAAUCACGAUCAGUUACUAAUCAGCAGCCAUCGACACCAUGGAAUGGAACAAAUAGUAUAUCGAAUCCUUCACUUCAAGAUAUUCAACGACAACAAGCACAGAAUGAUUUACGGCAACAACAGUCACAUCAUAUCACAUCUGGUCAUUCCUCAACUUCAACACCUGUCUGGGGUGGAAAUUUUCAACAUGGAAAUGCUUCUCAACAGUCAUCAGCAUUAUCCUGGGAUAAUCAGCAUUCAUCAGCACCAUCGAACAAAUCGAGCAAUAAAUCUUCAACUCCAUGGACUGAAUUGAAGCCCACGUCACCAAUGGCAACGACCCCCGGCAAAGUCAACCCGAAGAAUGCUGACCUAACGAAAAACGAACAGGAAGCCAAACGUCUAUUCGCAGCAACACGUGCGCAAGAUGCCCUAUCCAAAUGGACACAAGCUCAAUUCAAAGAUAACUUGAAAGAUAUCGACGUACCAACUCUUGUACAGUUUUUGAAAGAUAUCGAUAAAGCUGGUGACAUUAUGGACUAUGUCCAACCAUACAUCGGCUCAGUUAGUAAAGCUAAAGAAUUCGCUAAUGAUUUUCUAAUUAAACGUAAUCAAUUGGCUAAAGCUGAGCCUGAUUUAGACAAUGAACGUUUGAACGAAUUAGCCAUGGCGCCGACGUCAUCGAAUGAUAAUAGUGGCAGUGGCGGCGAUGAAGGUUUUCAAGUCGCAUCGAGUAAUGGUCAGAAGAAAAAAGCAAAAAAGAUGAAAGGUCAAAAAAUCGACGGUAAACAACUUGGUUUCACGGUUAACAAUCGACCAGAGCAACGCGAUGAUAUUGAUAAAAGAUUGAAAGCAGCACUACACGCUGCAUGCGGAAAAAUUUGCGAACAAUUACAAACACAGUCCAAUGUGACUGUUGACAAACAAGUUGUGGCUGCAAUAGGUGAUAUUACCUUUCAACAAAUCGCCACAUUCUGUCAAGAUCUCGAUGCAUUUGCUAAACAUGGCAAACGCUCGACAAUCAAUGCGGACGAUGUUCGUCUCCUUUGCCGUCGCAAUUCAAGUCUUUUGGAGAAGAUCGAUGAUGUGCAACAACGUCCAUUGAAACCGUCGAAAGCAACCAAUCGAUCGACAACUGGCCGAAGUCAUGGUUCAUCUCGCUAUGUCGAUCAUAAUGUUGAUAUAACUGUUGUCGAAUCAUCAUCAGAUAUGGACGACAUUAACUAUCCAAUCAAGCAACAAACCUUUCAACAAGUCGAAGUAGAGUGCAAUCAAUUUAUCUUCGUAGCAAGAAUCCAAAUCGAAUAA